AAAGCUUGGUUCGGUCCAGUAAAACCCAAGACUGGAUUACUAAAAAAUUAAACCUUAAAGAAGUAACAGUAAAGGGAAGACUCCAAAGGGCCUCCAAAACUAAAGCCUGUAUAACUUCUUGCAAAAUAAAGAAAACAUAAGAGGCCUAAGAAGCUGAAACAUGGGAUCAAAUGUGAGCCACCAAUUUGUGAUUUUUUUGGACAAGCAAAACAACUGGAGGUGGAGGGUCUCCACAUGAGAUUCUAAAUGCCAAAUGGCAGCCAAUUAGCUGAUUACACAAUCACCCUCCUAUCCCUUCAAGAUAAGCCCCUCUUUCCCUCCAUACAUUUAACAGAUUUUGCCUCUUCUCCUCUCCCAUUACCUGCACAAACCAAGAAAACAGGGAAAAAAAAUGGCUUCUGUUUGUGCUUCUUCUGCCAUUGCAGCUGUUGCUGUCUCUUCUCCCAGCUCCCAAAAGAGUGGAUCCAUUGUGGGGGCAACAAAGACCGCAUUCCUUGGUGGAAAGAAACUGAGAUCAGUGAAGAAAUAUACAGCACCUGUUGCAAGAUCAUCUGUUGCUGUAUGUGCAGUAGCAGAGAGUGAGAGGCCUCUCUGGUUCCCAGGCAGCACUCCUCCUCCAUGGCUUGAUGGCAGUCUCCCUGGAGACUUUGGAUUUGAUCCUCUUGGACUUUCAUCUGAUCCUGACAGCCUAAGAUGGAACGUUCAAUCAGAAAUUGUCCACUGCAGAUGGGCAAUGUUGGGUGCUGCUGGGAUUUUCAUUCCAGAAUUCCUGACAAAGAUUGGCAUCCUAAACACUCCUUCAUGGUACACAGCUGGAGAACAGGAAUACUUCACUGACACCACCACUCUUUUCAUUGUUGAGCUGAUCUUUAUUGGGUGGGCAGAGGGAAGAAGAUGGGCUGACAUUAUCAAACCAGGGUGUGUCAACACUGACCCAAUUUUCCCCAACAACAAGCUUACUGGGACUGAUGUUGGGUACCCAGGUGGGUUGUGGUUUGACCCACUUGGAUGGGGAAGUGGAUCCCCUGAGAAAGUGAAGGAAUUGAGGACAAAGGAGAUCAAGAAUGGGAGAUUGGCUAUGUUGGCUGUGAUGGGUGCUUGGUUCCAACACAUCUACACUGGCACUGGACCUAUUGACAACCUCUUUGCUCACCUUGCUGAUCCUGGUCAUGCCACCGUUUUUGCAGCUUUCACUCCCAAGUGAGAAGGCAAUAAGAGUGGGACGGACAUUGAUGAAGAUAUUUACCAAGAGAGGAGCUUGGAAGAUUUGUGUGCUCGGAAAGAGCCUUUGUAUCACUAGAACUUUUAAUGCCCAUAUUUGUGCCUUUUAUGGAAUGUUCAUGCAAUGUACAAAUACCUCUUCUUUAACUUUAGGUGCUAAGUAUACAAAAUAUGAUUAGUAGCAAGAAUUGUUCU